AUGCCAGCGCAACGGUCGCGCGGUCGAGUCGGGUUCAAAAACGUUGAGUCAGGAUGGACACAGCUCAUGGAAACGUUCAACGACAUUGAGCUAUCGCUACGCUUGACAAAGGGCCACAUCAGGCGCAUUGAGAAAGUGAUGGAAGAUAAGAAGACGAAGAGGUCAGGGGCCUCCCUUAAGCAACACAAAUUCCUAAGAAGAGUAUUGGCGAUCGACUCCGACUCUUACACGUUAUGUGUUGCCGCUUUCUCGCAGAAUCAGAUCGAUUCUACGAAAGCAGCUAUACUCGAUGGAUUGGUUGAAAGAAUCAGGGAACGGCGCAAUGACACAAUCAUGUCUCCUACUAUGCGAUCGCUUUUUGAUCAUUCAGAAGACAAUAGGAUUGUACCAUUGCCCCAAGAGACCAACCAACUGUUAAGAAGCACGUCAGAACCGUGGGUCGAAUUGAAAUACGCCGAAAGAGCAGGAACUAAAGAAGUUUUUGGACAAUACCUAGUAGACAGGAUUGAGAAUACGGAGCUGAGUGACGACUGGAAAGCAGUCAUAAUGCGCCUGCCGAUGUGGCCACCCGAUCUCUCCGCGCCUUGUUUCAUGUCAUUGGACCUUUGCGAAGAAAGUACUAAAGAGGUCGCAAUGGCAUUGUUCAAGGUAGAAGUAACUUGGGUGACGGAUGCCUUUUGGGUCGUCCACGAUGGCGGGUUGUUGCAGAUUAUACCUUAUUCUCAGCAUACAAUGAAGGGCGUCUUAGACGAGGACAUCGUUGCCGUUUUCGGGGCAGAUAUACAUGCUGCAAUCACUACAUGUAGCAUUAGGGCGAACGAGUUAAGAGAAGGACAUGGAAAAACAAAAUGUAUAUCAAUGACCUUUUCAAAGAGUAAGGCUACGAUCGACCUGACAUUGAGCGUAAUGGAAGGUGUCAAGAUCCAGAAAAAGCUCGGUGUGGCCGCCGCAUCACGAUAG